AUGGCACCUCACCCCUUGGGUGCGCCAGCUGUCCAAGUAACCCACGAGACGGAGCAGCCCUUUCCCGGCGUAUCGAACGAGGAAGUGACCUGCGUUGCGUCCGCUCUGCCCAGCCCCACUCGCGUGCCGGGCGACUGCGCCGAGGCGGAAGGGGGUGGCUGCCGAGGGGCUGCCAGGAAGCUCAGGGCACGGCGUGGGGGCCGCAGCCGGCCUAAGAGUGAGUUGGCUCUGAGCAAGCAGCGACGGAGCCGACGGAAGAAAGCCAAUGACCGCGAGCGCAAUCGGAUGCACAACCUUAACUCCGCACUGGACGCGCUGCGCGGCGUCUUGCCCACCUUCCCGGAUGAUGCGAAGCUCACCAAGAUCGAGACGCUGCGCUUCGCCCACAACUACAUCUGGGCGCUGACGCAGACGCUGCGCAUAGCGGAUCACAGCCUCUAUGGGCUGGAGCCGCCCGCACUGCCCUGCGAGGAGCUGGGCAGCCCGGACGGCGGCUCCCGGGGAGACUGGGGCUCCGUCUACUCGCCCGUCUCUCAGGCAGGCAGCCUGAGCCCCGCUGCAUCGCUGGAGGAGCGACCCGGGCUGCAGGCGCCUGCCUCCCCUGCUUGUCCGCGCCCCGGCGCCCUGGCUUUUUCAGACUUUCUAUGA